GCUGCCAAUAUGACCAAGAGGAAUAACCCACCGGAAGUUUACAAACAUCCAUCGAGCAAGCUAACGUUUAGCUGACAUUUUUAUUUUGCUUUGACCAACGAAAAGUCUCGGUUAUAACAAACCAAGAGGAAAGAUGGUUUGUGAAAAGUGCGAGAAGAAGCUUGGAAAGGUCAUCACUCCUGACACCUGGAAGGAUGGAGCACGGAAUACAACAGAGAGUGGCGGGCGUAAGCUCAAUGAAAACAAGUUCCUGACCUCUAAGAAAGCCAGGUUUGAUCCCUACAGCAAGACAGGCUUUGCUACCUGCAGGAUCUGCAAGAGCUCAGUUCAUCAGUCUGGAUCGCACUACUGCCAGGGCUGCGCAUACAAGAAAGGAAUCUGUGCAAUGUGUGGGAAGAAAGUUUUGGACACCAAGAACUACAAACAGACAUCUGUGUGACAGCGUGCUUAUCAGAGAACAGUUCUACACGUGAAUAACAGAUGUGAGGUUAAGACUGAGGUGUCAUGUUUGUCACAUCUUUUUCACAUUUUAAGUAUUUUCCACAAUGGCCUGUGAUAGAUGGCUACAACGCUUCACUGUUCUUUCCACCUCAGUGAAAGAGAAAUAUUUGGAGAUGGCUUUGUCCUCUCACUAUAGAAUAUUAUAUAAUGCUACUGGAACUAAAGCUGUGGCCAUAAACAGGGUAUCACUGUUAUCUCCAAAUACACCACCAGUUAUCACCUGUUUCUAGGCUUCUUGAUUCUUUUGUAUAUUUUAAAUUAAAUACUUUGAUUUGGAUUCAGUCCUCUUUUUGAAAUAAUUGAUUUCUGUAUGUAAUAUGUAAAGUGUUUUGUUUUUGAGUGAAUUAAAGCAUUCAGUAUGAGGA